UGGACGCAGACAGAGCGCUGCUCAGUCAAUUGACAUACAUGACGAUUAUCACUCUUUUGUCUUUCAAUUACCUGCAUAUCGCCUUGAUUAUACAUAUUUCAAAAAUCGUUUUUAUCAUUGCCAACGUUGCAGUGUGAUUGAGAGUGUUCUGGAAAUUCCUGUGUCGCUGUUAGAGCGUCUCUUGGAAAUUGGCUUUGUUCGCUCCGACAGCACACAGCUUUAUCAUCCAGAAUGGACCAUUUGGAGAAGGAAAAUAGGUCUGAUGAAGAUUCGGAAUACGAAGAAGAGGAGGUGGACCCUAGAAUUCAGGGAGAACUGGAGAAACUCAACCAGUCUACAGACGACAUCAACAGAUGUGAGACACAACUGGAGGAUGCCAGGCAGAAGUUCCGCUCGGUGCUGGUUGAGGCCACGGUGAAGCUGGAUGAGCUGGUCAAGAAGAUUGGGAAGGCGGUGGAGGAGUCCAAACCCUACUGGGAGGCCCGGAGAGUGGCCAGACAGGCUCAGCUGGAGGCCCAGAGAGCCACCCAGGACUUCCAGAGGGCCACGGAGGUGCUGCGUGCGGCCAAAGAGACCAUCGCCCUGGCAGAGCAGAGGCUCCUGGAGGAGGACACCAGGCAGUUUGACUCAGCCUGGCAGGAGAUGCUCAACCAUGCCACCCAGAGGGUGAUGGAGGCGGAGCAUACAAAGACGCGGAGUGAGCUGGUGCACAAGGAGACAGCAGCCAAGUACACGGCAGCCAUGGGCCGCAUGAAACAGCUGGAGAAGAAACUCAAACGCACCAUCAGCAAGUCCAAACCUUAUUUUGAGUUGAAGGCAAAGUACUACCUACAGCUUGAGCACCUAAAGAAGAACGUGGAUGAGUUGCAGGCCAAGCUGAGCCAGGCCAAAGAAGGGUACAAGACAGCUCUGAGAAACCUGGAGAUGAUCUCAGACGAGAUCCACGAACGCCGACGCAACUCAGCCAUGGGCCCCCGGGGGCGGGGCGUGGGCGCCGAUGGCGACAGUGUCGCCGUGGAUGACAUUGCCAGCUUCAAGAUGGAGUCGGAUGGCAUCUCCAUGACGUCCGAGUCGUUCGAGGAUGAGACCUGCAGCAGUGCCAUGUCAGAGGAGGACUCAGAGACCCGCUCCACCUGCAGCCCCAAGGACCUGCCCUCGCCCUGCCCCUCCUCUUCCCCUGCUCCCUCCUCACGCCCCUGCAGUCUGGACCUUCCCAGCCCAGUCUCGCUGUCUGACUUUGGCCUUAUCUCGCCUGUCCUGGGACCACGCAGCGAGUGUAGCGGGGCAUCAUCACCUGAGUGUGACCUGGAGAGAGGUGACCGAGCAGAGGGAGCGGAGGGUGAGCUGGACAAUACUGCAAACAACAACAGCACCACCGUACCAAACACCAACAAGACCACGGGCCUGGAGGUCCGCCUCAGCUUCCUGUCUCUUCGAUGCUCGCGCACCGUCAACUCCAAGAACACCAAGCGAGAACGUCAAAGCCGUUCCCAGACCCCCACCCAAACUGUGGUCCUGAUCAACGGGGUGUGAAGAGGAAAGCUAAUCCACAAGCUAACCCCAUCACCGGCUUUGUGUGCCAACAUGCUGUAUUACCAGUAACACCACACACACACACACACACACACACACACACACACACACACACACACACACACACACACACACACACACACAC